AUGACCCGCGGUGCGGGGCGGAAGAGGGUGGUUUGGGGCCAGGGACCUGCCGAGCUGGAGGGCGCCGGGGAGAGGAGCUCAGGCGGCCCCCGCGGCCCUAGGGAGCGGGCUGCCGGGGGGCCUGCAGCGGCGCCGGAGGAGCGCGGUGGGGAUGGGGCGUCGAGCCGACCUGGGGCCGGGGCCUUGGCCCUGUUCCCGGGGCUGCAGGACCUGGGCGUGGCCAAUGGCGAGGACCUGAAGGAGACGCUUACCAACUGCACGGAGCCGUUCAAGGCCAUCGAGCAGUUCCAGACAGAGAACGGCGUGCUGCUGCCCUCCCUGCAGUCGGCCCUGCCCUUCUUGGACCUGCACGGGACGCCGCGCCUGGAAUUCCACCAGUCCGUGUUCGAAGAGCUGCGGGAGAAGCUGCUGGAGCGCGUGUCGGCCAUCGCCGCGGAGGGGAAGGCGGAGAGGUACAAGAAGCUGGAAGACCUGCUGGAGAAGAGCUUUUCGCUGGUGAAGAUGCCGUCGCUGCAGCCGGUGGUGAUGCGCGUCCUGAAACACCUGCCCCGGGUCCCUGAGAGGAAGCUGAAGCUGGUCAUGGCCGACCAGGAGCUGUACCGGGCCUGCGCCGUGGAGGUGAAGCGGCAGAUCUGGCAGGACAACCAGGCGCUCUUUGGCGACGAGGCGGCCCCGCUGCUGAAGCAGUACAUCCUGGAGAAGGAGCGCGCGCUCUUCAGCACGGAACUCUCGGUCCUGCACAGCUUCUUCAGUCCCCGCCCCCCCCCCCCCCCCCCCCCCCCCCCGCGGACGCGGCGCCAGGGCGAGGUGGUGCAGAAGCUGACGCGGAUGGUGGGGAAGAACAUGAAGCUGUACGACAGGGUGCUGCAGUUCCUGUGUACCCUCUUCCUGCGCACGCGGAAUGUGCACUACUGCACGCUGCGCGCCCAGCUGCUCAUGUCCCUGCACGACCUGGACGUGGGCGACAUCUGCUCGGUGGACCCGUGCCACAAGUUCACCUGGUGCCUGGACGCCUGCAUCUGGGAGCGCUUCGUGCACAGCAAGCGGGCGCGGGAGCUGCAGGGGUUUCUCGACGGAGUGAAGAAGGGUCAGGAACAAGUCCUGGGGGACCUGUCCAUGAUCCUGUGUGACCCCUUCGCCAUCAACACGCUGUCCCUUGCCGGGAGCCGCACCCUCCGGCACCUGCAGGAGCUGGUCGGCCAGGAGACGCUGCCCAGGGACAGCCCUGAUCUGCUGCUGCUGCUCAGGCUCCUGGCGCUGGGCCAGGGGGCCUGGGACAUGAUCGACAGCCAGGUCUUCAAGGAGCCCAGGAUGGAGGUGGAGCUCAUCACCAAGUUCCUGCCGACGCUCAUGUCCUUCAUGGUGGAUGACUACGCCUUCAACGUGGACCAGAAGCUCCCGGCGGAGGAGCGGGCCCCGGCCGCCUACCCGAGCGCUCUUCCCGAGACCUUCACCAGGUUCCUGCGGGAGCAGCGCAUGGCCUGCGAGGUGGGGCUCUACUACGUGCUGCACAUCACCAAGCAGAGGAACAAGAAUGCGCUCCUCCGCCUGCUGCCCGGGCUCGUGGAGACCUUCAGCGACCUGGCCUUCGGCGACAUCUUCCUGCACCUGCUCACGGGGAACCUGGCUCUGCUGGCCGAGGAGUUUGCCCAGGAGGACUUCUGCAGCAGCCUCUUCGACGGCUUCCUGCUCACCGCCUCCCCAAGGAAGGAGAACGUGCAGCGGCACGUGCUGCGGCUCCUCCUCCACCUGCACCACCGCGUGGCGCCCACCAGGUUGCAGGCCCUGCAGAAGGUGCUGGAACCCAGCGGCCAGAGUGGCGAAGUGGUGAAGGAGCUCUACUGGCAGCUCAGCGAGAAGCUGGAGCAGCUGGACCACCGCAAGCCCAGCCCGGCCCGGGCCGCCGCCCCGGCUCUGGAGGUGCCCCUCCCUGCCGUGCCCACCCCGACCUACCUCUGACACGUCCCCGAAUCGCUGGGGAGUGGACAGCCCUGGGAGGACAUGGCCUGGUCGGCCAGGAGCCCUGGCCUGGGAUCAUCGGGACCCGUGUCUCCUGGAGGCAGAGCGGUGCUCA